AUGCUCUCUCCGCUCCGCGCAGCCGCCGCGCGCGCCGUCGGACACGGCGGCUUCCAAGAGGCGGAGGCUGCCACCCGCUUCGUGAAGGCUGUCUUCCCGGACGCGCAGGUGGACGCUGUGCAGAUUAGAAAACGCCCGAUCCGCGUGACCAUCUCCAGCGGCGGCCGUGAGCUCGUCCGCGUCGAUCAACGAGACCUGUUCGGCAAAUACGGCUGGCCGGCUGAGAAACCAAUCACCGAGGCGCUGCUCAAGUUCAAGGCCGAUGAGACGGCGGGCCCUACCGCUGCGGCCGUGGCUGCAGAGUAG